AUGACCGACACCAACAGUCCAUGGACCUACAACGUCCUGUGUGGCCUUUGCGCAACAGGCUUCUACUGUACAGGAGCGGGGCUUUUCCAGAUGACGGUGCUGCCUUCCUUCAUUUUGCUGGUCGGCGGGAGCAACUUUGACGUUGGCUUUGCAGAGGGCUUGCAAGGCCUCACCAACCUGAUCUUCGCCUUACCGGUCGGAUACAUUGCCGAUAAGUGGUCGAGACGGGCAUGCAUCAGGAUUGGCGCCAGUCUCUCCCUCCUCUCUGGCGCAUGCUUGUUGCUGGCUGUUCUCUUGGCGACGGCCGACAAUUCAACUGCCUUUGCGAUCCUCUGUGCAGCUCUGGGUCUGCAAGGCAUCUGUGAUGGUAUCAUGAACGGACCACUGGUGGCCUUGAUGGACGACUCGUGUCCUGCUGGACGCCGCUCAGACGUGGAGACCAUGAAUGCUGUGGUGUAUGGAGCUGCCUCGUCAGUCGGCCCGCUCGUCGGGUUGGUGGUCUUCCUCUACGCAGGCAACACGUGGUCACUAAGCUCCAUGAAGUUCGUUAUCGCUCUUGGUGUCCUGAUAUGCCAAAUGGCCAUUUUCCCUUGCUUCUUCAUGGACGACCGACGUGCGCUUGCGGAGUGCAGUGAGGCCGUGCAUCUUCAGGAGCGUCUCGUGGGAGAUUCGGGCGGAGCUCGAGAGCUCGUCGAGCGCAACCAGAAGACGUCAUGCUUCGGCUUGAUCACCGUGGGCCGUGUUCGACUGGUCCUUUUCCUAAACGAAGUCAUCCUUUUUUUGGGGGCGGGAAUGACAGUGAAGUUCUUCCCCGUCUUCUUCAAGCAGGAGGGUCACAUAAAUCCAGCCCUCCUUCAAGCGGUUUUCGCUUCCCUUUCGGCUUUGACGGUCGUCGCGACGCUGAUCUCCACCCGCAUCUCCAAGUGUGCAGGCCGCCUCCAAGUCAUCAUCCCAUGCUACGCUGUGGGCAUUAUUUGCACAAUUUUGCUCGGUUUACUGAGACCCUACUACACCGUGCCUGGAGUCAUGCUGCCGGUUUUUCUUCUUCGCUGCGCUUCGAUGUGGGGCGCGACCCCCCUCCUCGGAUCCAUCAUCGCCGACUACACCCCGAAGGCGCAGAGGGGGCGUUGGAAAGCCCUGGGCUCCAUCACGGCAAUGGGCUGGUCUGGCAGUGCCGCUGUAGGCGGUGCCCUGAUCGAUCACUUCGGCUACGGCAUCACCUUCGCCAUCACGGGCUGCAUGCAGUCUCUAGCUCUGCCGAUGAUGUGCAGCCUGAUGCCGCUGGUCGCCAAAGAGUCGGAGUUGCUUGCAGCUGCGGACAGGACGUGCGCUGGCGACAGCACCAGUCAUGCAUCCGAGAUUUCGAUGCAGGAUGCCUGA